CGUGACGGAAACGGAAAGCCUCUGGAACGAUGGCGGCUGAAGGGGACGUCGAGCUGGAGUUGGAAGCGGAGCCAAAUGGCUCGGCUGGCGGCGGGGACGGCGCCGGGGGACGGCCGGCCGAGAAGCCACGGAAGCACGACAGCGGCGCGGCUGACCUCGAGCGCGUCACGGACUACGCGGAGGAGAAGGAGAUCCAGAGCUCCAACCUGGAAACGGCUAUGUCAGUAAUAGGAGACCGAAGAUCCAGAGAGCAAAAAGCGAAACAGGAGCGGGAAAAAGAACUGGCCAAAGUCACCAUCAAGAAGGAGGAUUUGGAGUUAAUUAUGAAUGAGAUGGAGAUAUCCAGGGCAGCGGCAGAGCGCAGCUUGCGUGAACACAUGGGGAAUGUAGUUGAGGCACUGAUAACCCUCACCAACUGAGAGCCAUCUACUGUAUAUAUUUCUAUGGACAAAGGGAAGAAACAGCUUUGCAUUGGUCUUCUUUGCACAGAUUGUGUGCUGCACCCCACAUUUUAAAAUUAUUGGAAUAAAUUUGCCAUUCUUGAGCUUA